ACUUUCCCUUUCUCUACCCAGACAUACUUCUAUUCAUUAUUAAUCCCUGCAUUCUACUCCGCAUUUGAGUGCUAGUCUCCCCGCGCUUCAGUGUUCGUGUCUGCAUGUGACGGUAUCACCAGACUAGCAAUCGGAACCCGACAUCUAGAUACAACAGUGGACUGCCACAUCAAAAGUCGCUGCAGACACCCACCCAUCGCAUUCUCCUCCGCAAUCAUCAAGCAUGCCUGGACUCGACCAGAUCAUCCCACAGCCCGACUCCAGGGAGCUCCUUCCUCCACUACUGGCUUGUCUUGCAGUAUCAGGCAAAGCGAAAGAGGCCCCUCCAGGACUGUUGCCACUUGUCUCGCCAAUCCUUCGCCAACGACUCCAGCUUGUUGCUACAGACGACUGGCUAUCCCUCCUCUGCUGGGACCAAGACAUCGCUGCGAGGUUACCUUCGGUCAUCGAAAAGAUACACGUUGAACCGCACCCCGCCUCGGGCGAGAUCGAGCCAGAAGAUCCAGACCAGAUAUCGUACAGGCGGUCUGAUCCAGAGACACUACAUGCAAGACUAGUGUUGGGCGAAUUUGGGAUCAUACCAACAUAUCUCUGGUGCACAGGUGGAGAGGGUGGCAGCAAAUGGCUUCUUGCUGAGCUCAGGGGAAUAGCAGAUGCCGAUGAUGGGACGGAAUGGUUUGAGAACCUCAGCGAAGCAAAUGCAGCAGGCUUCCGCCGCAAACCAUCGAAGAGCAACGGCAUUCCCGCACAGGAGGCUCCACAGUACUCGGAACCGCAACAUCAGGAGGACGAAGAUGAGGACGACGGCUCCUACUGGGCUGCAUACGAUCAGACGCCCAACACUCGCACUCCUGCACAAAAGCGCUCGCCCGCACCGCCAUCGAUCAGCCGCACACAAGUCGGGCCUUCUCAGUCUGAGCUUGAGUACUUCGCACGCUAUGCAUCAGAGGUACAACCCGCCCUUGACGCGCACGACCCCGACGAGGAGAACCCCGCAGCUGGCGAAUCAACGCUCAACGGAAACGCCCUGAACUACACUCGUGCCCCACAGACCGAACCGCUCGAGACGUCAAACCUAGGCCCCUAUGGCUACGACUCGUCGCUACCGCCAGCGUUCGCGAACGGUUCGGGCGAAGAGAGUAGGGCAGAGCACAUUGAGGCUGUUGACGACACACGGCACGCCGCCUUGAGCCACCCAAGACCCAACUCGUCUUCCUCGUCCAGAUCGGUGGAGAGGCUUGAGAGGGAGGCUGCGAACCACAGCCAGGCAGAACUCGCUAUCAAGCAGCACAUCAGCACUGAUAUCAAGAGUCUGUUCAGGCUGGCGCGGGCGUCGGGUAUCGAUAGGCAGGAGUUUGAGAGGAUUAUCCAGAGGGAGCUGGAGGUUCUGCCGUUAUUGGAGAGGGACACAAACUAGGUUUUCGCUGGUAGGGAUGGAGAUGGUUAUGAGGCCACGGCUACAGCAUUGUGAUUCACGUUUUCAUCGUCUAUAGCAUUUACAACCUAGUACAACAUAUUUCACAAUCGAUAUUCACUCCUCUUCGAACCGAACAAA